AUGGGACCGUUGAAGGCUUAUUUCAAUGAGCUGAAGGAGAAAGAAGGACUUUCAGUGAGAAUUGAUGACGGCAACAUCUUCUGUUUGGACAAUGAAGCUUUCCGAUUCGUUUGUGCUCAUUUCUGUGACAUUCAAUUCGAUAUAAGGGAAGUAAAAACGUUUGGUGAUAGCUGGAAACAUUCGUCCGACGAAGUACAGAGAUUGUUGGAUCACGCUGCACGAGCUCGUCCUCACCACACCUCGGACACGCUGUCAAUCAAUGACACUCGGACUUGGAUCUAUCAGUUAAUCGAUCCAAUUCUCAAAGCUUGUACAAUGAUUCAGAGAAACUUGCAGCAACUGGAUUGGCAGAAGAAAGAGCUGAUGCAAGCUGAGAACAAUGUUGAAGAAUUGCGGAGAUUGGCGACGAUUCGAGUGACUUCAAUAGAAAUCUUACAGCUAUCGAUGCCCCAAACCGUUUGUCGGAGUCAAAAAUGUGCAAGGUAUGAAAGGAUUGAUGGAAAAGAAGCGUUGAUCUACAGGGUUUGCCACAAAGAUUGCAAACUAAGCGAUAUUGGAAAACUAGACGGAUGUGCAGUCUUUCAUGGUUGCAGGUUCUGCACUGAAUGCUCCUGUCACAUAAAUGAUCACGAGCGAAUCUCGUACGAACAACGAAUGACCACAAAAUCUCUGGAAAACCCGCAAAAACUCGCCUCAGACGCGAAUGCUGCCGAGAUGAAGAAAACCUCGAUUCGAAAAAUUGAGCGACUCAUCAAUGGAUAUCAAAAAGAAUCCAACUACAUUUUAUUCGCAAUGACAACUUUU